GCACAGUCAGUUUGAAUUUACAAAUAUUGUUCUAACCUCAAUAUUGAAAAUAGAUUAAUUUUAUAAUAUUUAAUAUAUUAGGCAAUUACUCUUUUAAAAUGAGGGAACAGUUUUUAUCAAAUUGCGAAAAAAAUUUCAUAAAAAAAAUUAUUUUGGAAGGCCAUAGAUUGGAUGGUAGAAAUUAUGAUGAGAGUCGUAAACUAGAUAUUUGCUUUGGUUCCGAAUAUGGUAGCUGUAUUGUUUCUAUUGGGGAGACCAAGGUGUUAGCCCAGGUAUCAUGUGAGGUUGUCCAACCAAAGCAAAUAAGACCGAAUGAGGGAAUUCUGUACAUCAAUGUUGAGAUCAGUCCUAUGGCUGCACCACAGUUUGAGGCCAAUCGCCAAACUGAUCUCACAGUUUACCUAAAUAGAUUGCUUGAGAAAUGCUAUAAGGAUUCAAAAUGUAUUGAUCUUGAAUCUCUGUGUAUUGUUGUGGAGGAAAAGGUUUGGUCAUUAAGAGUUGAUUUAAAGAUUUUGAAUCACGAGGGUAACUUAAUAGAAUGUUCAAGCAUUGCCACAUUAGUUUCCUUAGCACAUUUCAAAAGACCUGAUGUGACUAGAAGUGGGGAAAGUGUCAUUAUACACACAUUAGCAGAGAAUGAUCCUAUACCCACAGUUUUAUAUCACUAUCCAGUGUGUUUGACUUUCGCUAUAUUUCAAAAUAAUGUACUAAUAUCAGACCCAAGUUAUAUCGAGGAGACAGUCUGCACAAGUACCACAGAAGAUGGAAACACUAUUGGAGGCCUUCUAGUCGUGGGCAUGAAUCAGUAUAAAGAAAUAUGUCUCUUAAACCACACUGAAGCUGCUAUUCACAACUCAAAUAUUGUACAUAGAGCCAUACAAAGUGCUGCCGAAAGAUCAAAAAGUGUGGUUGAUUUGAUCAAAGCGGAAAUUAUUAGAGACGACAAUUUAAGGCAAAAAAGGACUAAAAUAAACUUCUCAGACAUCAUUACUACUAACCACGUGCAAUCGCUGAGCAUGAAAGACCUGAAAAUAUGUCUCAAGAAUUAUAAUAUAAACGACAUAAAAAUGGAGGAAGAUAAUAGUCCAACUGAGAUUUUAGAUGACAGACAAGAUAUUAAACCUGAGAAGAGUAAAUAUGAUGUUGUGGCAUCGCUACCUCAAACGGCUGAAAUAAAAGCAAAGGAAGGGGCUUCAACGUGGAUUGAAAUAUCAUCAGAAUCUGAUGUGGAUUCUAGCUAAGUAAUAAGCCACCAUUUCGAUCGAUGGGGACAUACUUUACUAAAUCCUAAACAUAAGUUAUAAACCAUUAAGUGGUACGAAGACUUAAUAAUCAGACCGCAAAAACUGCAACAAUUUUGCCUUAAAAUGUGAACGACGCUGAAGAAAAUGUGUUCAUAUUAAUAUGUUUACGGGCAUUGUUAAUUCCUGGGGGCUUAAGCGGAAUCAAUCAAUCAAUCAAUCUAAAUAUUAAAAAUAUAUUCCGGUUUACACUCCCUGCUCAGCGGCACUCCAUAUAAGCAAAACAACAUUAUCUACCAUAAGAAAUAUCGUACAAACCUGAAUAGGAGCAUAACUUUUGCAAUUUGUAUCCAAAAAUGCCAUAAAACCUGUGCACAUCAAUAAGUGCACUGUGGCUGUAAUUUAUCGUAUAAAAAACACUGUUUUCAAGGUGUGGUGCUCGAAUAGACAGUAGAUACUGGGAGCAUUUACAAAGUUUGCGAGCCUUUGAUGCGCGCAAGUUUGUCAUGCGAGCAUUAAUUGUUCGUAAACAGAACAGUUUGGCGAGUAUACGUUAAAACAGAUUCCAAAAGUUGUGCUCGCUAAGAAUGUUUGGUAUGCGCAAUUCGCAAUU